GCUUUUCCGGGUGUUUCCUGCCUUCAGCUGUACGGCGGACUGUGACAGUCAACAAACUGUUGUUUGACAUUGUAAACCUUAGUUUCACCGAGAUGAAUCGUAUUUUCGGCAAAGGUAAAUCCAAAGGUCCGCCACCGAACCUGUCGGACUGCAUAGGAAACGUUGAUUCUCGGGCGGAGUCCAUUGAUAAGAAAAUUGCCAGACUUGAUGCUGAACUUGUCAAAUACAAAGAUCAGAUGAAAAAGAUGCGAGAUGGGCCUUCAAAGAACAUGGUGAAGCAAAAAGCAAUGAGAGUUCUGAAGCAGAAGAGAAUGUAUGAGGGUCAGAGAGAUAACCUCAUGCAGCAGUCGUUCAACAUGGAACAAGCAAACUAUACGAUCCAAAACCUCAAAGACACUAAAACCACAGUUGACGCCAUGAAAGUCGGCCUCAAAGACAUGAAGAAAGCAUACAAGAAUGUGAAAAUCGAUAAGAUUGAGGAUAUCCAAGAUCAGUUGGAGGACAUGAUGGAAGAUGCCAAUGAGAUUCAAGAGGCUCUUAGCAGGAGCUACGGCACUCCAGAAAUUGAUGACGACGACCUGGAAGCAGAGCUGGAUGCUCUUGGAGACGAGCUCCUCAUGGAUGAUGACAGCUCCUACCUGGAUGAGGCUGCGACUGCUCCUUCCAUCCCAGAGGGCGUGCCUGGUGACAGAUCAACCAACAGGGAUGGUGUCCUGGUGGAUGAGUUCGGUCUUCCUCAGAUUCCUGCUUCGUAAAGAUCAUUUUUAACAUUUAUUCGGUUAGUUUUACAUGUAUCAUAGCCCUUUUUUUGUAUUGGUGCAACUGACACUCCUGGCCUUUAAGUGCAGCAAUGAAAACCAAAGCAUCAUCUGUCCAACAAGUGAUAAAUUGUAAAAUCAGGCCUCCCUAGUUAUUAAAGGUCGUGCUUAUUUUUCUUUCUCUGAACUUAUCUCAGCUUGAACAAUGAUUGGAAAUGGGGUUCUUAACUUUGUACAGUUUCUGAAAUGAUAAACAAAAUAAAUUAUUUUUCAAACAAUA